AUGCCCAGCGAUCGGAUUGAAGUCGUCAUUCUUCAAGUUGUCACUCGCAGAGAUUUUGCUACCAACCGCACUCCCAAGAAGACAGACAAGCAAACGGGCUUACCCAACCUCAGCAAGGAGAAGAGGAAAGAUGGGGAGAAGAGAGGUGAUGAAUUGUGUGUAGAAGACCAGCAGUUCAGCUUAGAGGGACUAGCAGGGCGGCUGAAUGAAUCCAAUGCUGACGUCUAUAAACCAGCGCUGGAAACCCUUCGAAUUCUCAUUCGGACAUCUACAUCCUUGAUGGCGUCCGUUCCGAAACCACCCAAGUUUCUGCACCUGUUGUACCCCGACCUCCGAACGCUCUACGAAACAUGGGAGCCAUCCGGAAACAAGUCUUUAUUUGCAGCCAUCUUAUUGGUCUUCGCUAUGACUUAUUCGGACACCCCACUGCAAGGCACUCCUCGCUAUCGUUUACUGGCAGCAGAAGUUCGGCCAGCAGGCUCACCGCUUUCCGACCCCGGAUCAUGGGACGAAUACGUUCGACAUCUUGCUGCUGAACUCGGUGACGAAUACAACAUUCGUGAACAAGAAGAUGACGAGGUUGAACCAGUCAAGGGUUCAUCACUAGUGCUUAAAGUUCCUGACAUAAUUGACGACCUCCGUUCCCUUCAAGUUGCAAAAGAGUGUGUCGUAUUCCUCCUCGACCAUAACGCCGAACCGGACGCUAUCGAUCUUCUUCAAGAGUUGGAAAUGGUGGAGGAAUCAAUUGCUCUUGUCGACAGGAAUACAUAUACACGCGUUUGCCAGUACCUCGUUGGUCAAGACAGCAAAAUUACCGGAAUGAUUCUUCAAGUGCUGAUGGAGAAGGCAGAGCAGAACGACAAGUCCCUGCCAAUUGGACUGAACAAUGUUUCAAAUCCUCAACGGCCCAUUCUCAACUCGCUCUCAAAGUACAGCCACGACACCAUUUUCGCCAUUGCACUUAACGCCAUUCUCGCUACGGGCCUUGUCGGCACAGGGAUCAACAACGCGCGUUUGGCGCAAAUGCUUCGACAACUGGCUGGCUACUACUACAAAGAGCCGGAGUGUCUUUUCACGGUCCGUAUCGCUCAGGGCUUGGUGCAUGUGGGCCAGGGGACGAUUGGUCUUGACCUGUUCUACUCCGACCGGAGUAUAAUGAGCCGUCCUGCCGUUACUAGCUUGUUGGCGGUGCGAUGCAUCCGAGGCUCCUGA